AAAGUUAUAAAUUUGUACAGCUGAUUUUUUUUUUUAAAUAAAUUAUUAGAUUUCAAGUGGAGUUGUAGGUUAUAAUUUAUCAAGUAAAUUUGUUGAUAAUAACAGAUAAAUUAUUUAAUAUUUUUUAAAAUGAGUACCUCAGAAGAAGUGCCUGUGAAAAUAGAAUUUAAAAAGAAGAAACGUAACAUUCCAUUGAGGACAAGAAAAGUUGAAAGUGAUGACAGUGAUGAUGAAAAAAAUGGUUCAGUUAUGAGCAAGAUUGAAGAAACAAAAAUAAUUCAAAAACUCCGUGAGAAACCCAAGGGAGUUAGUGUUAUAGGUUUAGCUCUUGGACAAAAAGUCAGUGGUGAUUCUGUAGUUAAUUCAUCAGAUCCGUUUAAUGUCAAAACUGGUGGUAUGGUUAACAUGGCAAGUCUCAAAAAUGCUAAAGUCAAAGAUGAUGCCUAUGACACUGGUAUUGGUACCCAAUUUAACGCAGAAACUAACAAACGAGAUGAAGAUGAAGAAAUGUUGAAGUACAUCGAAGAAGAGUUGACAAAAAGAAAAAAUACUUUGAGUAACAAUUCAGACAAUCCACAAGAUAGUGACAAAAAUAAUUACUGCUCGCCUGAAGAAGCAGCUUUACAGGCAGUUCCUGAGCAUUUAAGACUGAGUUCCACUCAAAAGAGCGAAGAAAUGUUGUCCAACCAAAUGUUAUCCGGAAUUCCUGAAGUUGAUUUAGGAAUAGAAGCCAAGAUAAAAAACAUUGAAGCUACCGAGGAAGCAAAAUUAAAAUUACUGUGGGAAAAACACCGAAAGCAAGAAGGGCCGUCGCAAUUUGUACCCACUAAUAUGGCCGUGAAUUUUGUACAACACAAUAGAUUUAACAUUGAUGACAAUGAAGCGAAGAAAGCGAAAAGGGAUUUAUAUAAUAAAAGAAAAGCUGAAGAAGAUUCAAAGAAAAAAAAUAAAGAAGGAACUGAUAAGGCGACGGAUGAUUAUCAUUAUGAGAGAUUUAAGAAACAAUUUAGAAGAUUUUAAUUUAUUAAUUAAUAAAAAGAAUUUUUU